AGACCUUGAAGAAAGAGUAAAACAAGCCAACAUAGCAGUGUCAGUUAGACAGAACUUUCUCACUGAUCCAGCAAAUGCAGUCCGAAAUCUUAAGCGACAAGACGCAAGAAUAAUUGUUGGAGUGUUCUAUGAGAAUAUGGCUAGAAAAGUGUUUUGUCAGGCAUACAAAGAAAAACUGUAUGGGAAGAAGUAUGUCUGGUUCAUCAUUGGCUGGUACCCUGACAACUGGUACAAGAAGUAUGACCCCAAGGUCAAUUGUACAGCAGACCAGCUAAAGGAGGCUCUGGAGGGCCACUUUGCCACAGAGGCUGUGGUCCUCCACCAGGAGAACACUGCCACCCUCUCACACAUGACCUCUCAGGAGUUUAAGGACAGGCUUGACUUGAAUCUGAAGGAACGUAACUUUACGGACAUGUCCCAGGUGGAUGGUUACCCGGAGGCACCUUUUGCCUAUGAUGCUGUUUGGGCACUUGCACUUGCCCUGAACAGGACCAGCAUGAAAUUGAGUAAAUACAACAAGAAGUUGGAGGAUUUCAACUACUACAGUGAAGAUAUCCGUCGUGAGAUAUACUCGGCCAUGAAUGACACUAGCUUUCUUGGUGUCUCUGGAAAUGUGGCAUUUUCCUCGGAGGGAGACAGAAUAGCAUGGACCCAGAUAGAACAAAUGUCUAAUGGGACUUACCAAAAGCUUGGUUUUUAUGACUACAAUACAGACAACCUGACAUGGAUUAAAAAAGAGAAAUGGAUAGGCGGUAAGGUGCCACCUGAUCAUACACUCAUCAAGUCAGCGCCAAGAGUUGUCUCCCAUGGACUGUUCUUUGCUAUGUGUUUCUUUGCUGCCUUUGGAAUUGCCUUUGGGAUAUUUUGUAUUAUGUUCAACUUCCUGAACAGACAGCGGAGGUGCAUUGCCUACUCCCAGCCAAGUGUAAACAAUGUGACAGUGUUCGGGUGUAUCCUCUGUCUCAUGUGUAUCCUUCUGUUGGGGCUGGACAACCAGUUCAUCUCACCGGAACUCUACCCUCUCAUAUGUCAGUUGAGAGCAUGGAUGCUGUCCCUUGGUUUUACAUUCGCAUAUGGAGGCAUGUUUUCCAAAAUCUGGACAGUUCACAGACUGACCACCGCCAACAAAAAGGACAGGAAGGUAGUGAGGCGGUGUGAACUGUUCACUGUCCUCAGCGUGAUACUGACCAUUGAUGUAGCGGUACUGACCACAUGGCAGGUACUAGACCCUCUAUACCGAGAAGUGGAAAUAUUUGAGAAAGAAGAUCCUGUAGACACAGAUGAGGAUAUCAAACUUCAGCCGGAACUAGAACACUGUACUUCAAAAAACAUCUCUAUCUGGCUAGGUGUGAUAUAUGGCUACAAAGGAAUACUGUUACUGUUUGGAAUAUUCCUGGCCUACGAGACGAGGAGCGUCAAGCUGAAACAAGUGAACGACUCUAGAUUUGUAGGAAUGAGUAUUUAUAAUGUGGUGGUGCUGUGUGUGAUAACGGCUCCCAUCACCCUCAUCAUCAGUAAUCAACAAGAUGCCAGUUUUGCCUUUGUAGCCCUCGCCAUUCUUUUAUGCAGCUUUCUGUCUAUGGGCCUCAUAUUUGUACCCAAGAUUGUUGAAAUAAGCCGAAAUCCGAAGAAAAAUCACCUGGAGGUGCGUGCUAUGUCUGAAUCUGUUGCCAGCAAGGAGGAAGAGGAAAGACACCAGAGGCUACUCGUAGAGAAUGAAGGCCUCAAAAAACAAAUUUCUGAGAUGGAAGAUCGAGUGAAAGAACUGAAAGAGAGAUUAGAAUGUAAAACACAGCAGAGGCUUUUAAUUAAUGGGGAGGGACCAGAGAGGAAUAAAGCUCCGCCAGCUAAUAAAUCUGACCAAUCACAGAUGGACAUUGACAUAGAGAAGUCACCCGACUUACACGACAGCAUUGUGUUGGACCAUAAAAAUAUUUUUAGUGAUACUACAUCUGUGCCAUUCCAACCAAACUCGGACUCAAACUCGAGUGUGCAGAAAAAACACCAUUAUUCUUUAUCAGAUCAAGACAUUGACUUUUUGUGAAACAUUCCGAAAUUACUACUCUUAAACUUAUUUAUUGAAAUUCAGCAAUAGUUCUUUGCAAAAUUUUAGCACCAUUUUGUGUUUGUAGAUAUAAAACUGUCUUAAUUUUAGAAAAAAAUACUGAUCUUUGUAAAUAUAAUAAUGUGGUUUGUGUAAUGUUGCUAAAGUUUGCACUUUCCAUCCCUUUCUUUGACACCGAUUUCAUUUCUUUUCUUCACAAUAUUAAAACAUUUUAUAUCCUUUUGCAUCCUUAAUGCAUAUAAAUGAACAAUGGUUCUUACAUCAAUAAAACCUUGAACCAGAGGAUUAACUGUUGUACGUACCAUAUGUUCAACAUGUCUUUGAGUGAAGCUGGGUUGUUUGUUGGGUAUAUUGGCAGUGAACAGCCAGGGUGUUCUUGUAGUAGCUAGUGGCUGCCUCACUGAACAUCAUAUGAGACUGGCCUGUCAUGUGAUAUCCAGAACAAUUGCUAAUGACACCUCUGCAUUAAAACAGGACAUUACCUGAAGUUACAGGACAAAUUGUUUGGUCUGUAGAUUGCAGAGGUGAAGGGCACUUCCAUUUCAUAAUUGGAUGAUGAAAUUCUGAAUGUAUGAUAAAAAAUUUCCAGAUUAUCAUGUACAAAUUAAAUUCAGUAAUGGUUUGGCAAGACGAGCUCUAUUUACAAUAAUUUGUUUGUUUGUUUCAACUUUUUAUGGCAGAUUUGAAGGGUUGUGAUAUACAAGAUGUUUUGGAUUUCAUUGAUGUUGUGAUAAAGACAUAAUGGCCUAAGUUUUCAUAGAUAUACUUACACGUAUACACUUAUGUAUAUCUUACAUAAACUUGACUAAUCAAUGGUAGCUCUGUUAAUUAUGUGAUAGUUAUAAAAUAAGAUCUAACUCUACUGUAUUUGGAACAAAACAAAUUCAUUGUUAUAGCGUUUAUCACUGGUUGCUCUAUUAUGUGAGAACCUGUUAAUUCUGCGUAAUUGCAAUCAGAUGUAUCGGAGUAUGAUGUCCCUAUGAACAAACUGAUACCUUAGUGUUGUAUCAUGAUAAACUAAACAUUACAGAUAAGUAGUAGUAGUGUUAUAUCAAGUUUAAACACCAUGACCAUGUGCAAUCUCAAAAUUUCUCGUAACAAAUUUUUUAAUACUGUUUCAAAUGUGUUUUAUUUAAUCCAUACCAUUAACAUGGGUUUUAGGGAAAUUAAAUAUGUUAUGAUGAAGAA